AUGGCUGAAGAAACAUGGUACAACUUGGUACUGGUUCAGAGAUGGAUGGAGCAGAUUCCUGACCCAAAUGCCCCUUUGCUCCUAGGGGACCCUUCCCAGCCUCCCAACAGCAGCUGGCCUGCAAACCAGAAUGAGAGUCAUGCUGAAGCCAUGCCAGCUGCAAACCUGACCUUCUCCUCCUACUACCAGCACUCCUCACCUGUGGCCGCCAUGUUCAUUGUGGCCUACGUGCUCAUCUUCCUCCUCUGCAUGGUGGGCAACGCCCUGGUCUGCUUCAUUGUGAUCAAGAACCGGCACAUGCGCACAGUCACCAACAUGUUCAUCCUCAACCUGGCUGUCAGUGACCUGCUAGUGGGCAUCUUCUGCAUGCCCACCACUCUUGUGGACAACCUCAUUACAGGGUGGCCCUUUGACAACGCCACAUGCAAGAUGAGCGGCUUGGUGCAGGGCAUGUCUGUGUCAGCUUCCGUUUUCACCCUGGUGGCCAUCGCUGUGGAAAGGUUCCGCUGCAUCGUGCACCCUUUCCGAGAGAAGCUGACCUUGCGGAAGGCGCUGGUCACCAUCGCGGUCAUCUGGGCCCUGGCCCUGCUCAUCAUGUGCCCGUCGGCCGUCACGCUGACAGUCACGCGCGAGGAGCACCACUUCAUGGUGGACGCCCGCAACCGCUCCUACCCGCUCUACUCGUGCUGGGAGGCCUGGCCGGAGCAGGGGAUGCGCAAGGUCUACACCACCGUGCUCUUCUCGCACAUCUACCUGGCCCCGCUGGCGCUCAUCUUGGUCAUGUACACACGCAUCGCCCACAAGCUCUUCCAGGCCUCGGGGCCGGCGCGCGCGGGCGAGGAGGCGGAGGCGGCGGGGGGCGCGGGGGGCGCGGGGGGCGCGCGCGGGGCCCGGCGCAGGGUCCGGGUGGUGCACAUGCUGGUCAUGGUGGCGCUCUUCUUCACGCUGUCCUGGCUGCCGCUCUGGGCGCUGCUGCUGCUCAUCGACUACGAGCAGCUGAGCGAGCAGCAGCUGCACCUGGUCACCGUCUACGCCUUCCCCUUCGCCCACUGGCUGGCCUUCUUCAACAGCAGCGCCAACCCCAUCAUCUACGGCUACUUCAACGAGAACUUCCGCCGCGGCUUCCAGGCCGCCUUCCACGCCCAGAUCUGCCCGCUGCAGUGGGGGCGGCACAAGGAGGCCUAUUCCGAGCCGCCCGGAGGAGGGCUCCUGGGCACCCGGGUCUUCGUGGAGGUGCAGCCCAGCGAGGAGUCGGGGCCCAGCAGUGGAGGUUCCAGGCCUGCUCGUCUCCCGUUGCGCCAUGGCCGGGUAGCCCACCACAGCUUGGCCGAGGAAGGCCGUGGCUGCUCUCACCUGCCCCUCAGCAUUCCAGCCUGGGAUAUCUGAGUGGUACCAGGAGGGCGGGCCCUGAGCCCUGAAGCUGAUGGCUGGACCUGUGAUGUCUGGAUGAUGGCUAGGGGAUGUGGCCUUAGAAGAGAAUGCCAUGGAGCCUCCCUCUUAAACACAAGGGAGCCGGCAGCAGCAUACGGAUGGCUUCUCUAUUGCUAAACCCCCCCCCC